AUGGAAUACGUCGAGCACCGCAUGAACGACGAGGCCGCCAAAGACGUCGCCAGCGCCAGCCUCGUCUCGCCCCUCAACAUCCUCCUCGUCUCCAUCAUCCUCUACACAGCCUACACAACCUUCUUCUCCAAAUCCGCCGCCCCGCAACUCCCCAAGCCGCCCCCUCCCACCGUCUUCAAAAUCUACAACCCGCACACCCUCCUGCCCUUCAACGGCGUCGACAACGCCCCCGUCUUCAUGGCCAUCCGCGGCGCCGUCUACGACGUCUCGCGCGGCCGCAAUUUCUACGGCCCCGGCGGCCCUUACGCAAACUUUGCGGGCAGGGACGCCAGCCGCGGCUUGGCGUGCGGCAGCUUCGACGAAGACAUGCUGACAAAGGACCUGGACGGGCCGCUGGACACGCUGGCGGAUCUGGGCGCGGAGGAGAUGGAGGCGCUGAGGGGCUGGGAGGAGCGCUUUACGGAAAAGUAUGAUGUGAUUGGCAAGUUUGUGUCGAUGAAGGAGUUUGAGGCGCUGAACAGCAAGGAGUGA